AGAGAGAGAGAGAGACCACCCCAUGCCCGUUAUCACCAUGCUGUAUGAAGGUGGAGUCAUUUGGGGGUAGAGAGAGAGAGCGAGAGCAGCAGGGCAGCCGAAGAAGAAGACAUGGAUUAUCUGACAUGCGUCUGGACUGACCAACAUUCCUCUUUAAGUCUUGAAUCCUGUUUUCCUCCUCAGUCUGAAGUCUGAAGAAGCGCCCCUGCACCAGUCGGCUGUAGAUUGUGAGGUGUCUCUUUCUUCGAUCUCACUGGAUCUACAGAGUUUUGCCUCUCUCCUGGGAUAUCAGUGAACUAUAAUAUUCUUUUUUCUUAAUUUGAGCACCUGCUUGGAAACGCGAGGGUCACGCCGGAGCAGCCAAAAAUAAGAAACACAGUAAUCGCUGUUUUGUUUUUAAUUUAAUAUUUGCUCGUGCAGGCUGACUUAUUCAGCAAAAAAAGACUGAUCAUCAUCCUAAAAUUCAGAGUUGAAUAAUUAAGACUUUGCAUCCGAACCAUCUCCAACCAGCUUGGACUGUGGAGGGGUUUCCUCCCUGCCCUCCGUGCCUCUCCUCAUCCCCAGCAGCAUGUCCCAGGCUCUGAGGCUGCCACUAGUCCUCCACACAGCACACUACCAUGAUCAGAUGGGCUGCUGGAGGGAGUAAGGCUGCCUCUGCCUCGUCCUGCUCCAGGGCCGGGUUAGGGGCUCUUUCUGGCUCUGGGACCAACUCUGGACCAAGGUCAUCCGCACUGCAUUCCUCCCUGUCUUUGCCUCUCCUGCUGGCCCUGGUGCUUUUCUCCUUUUCCUUGUCCGGGGCGGCCUGCCAUCAGCUCCGCAGAGAAAGACUGAGGCUCACCAACCCACGAGCUCUCAGAGUUCCACUGAACAUUUCGGGGACUGAGCUCGCCUUCAGGCCCAGGACCAUAGGGGGCCCUCUGGGUCGGACUGGAGGGGCGCAGGGUCGGCAUGUCCGCAGCUACAAUCACCUCCAAGGGGAUAUACGCAGGAGGAAGCUGUUCUCUUUCCAGAAGUUCUUCCUGAGGAUUGAUAAGAAUGGAACAGUCAGUGGAACCAAGAGCAAGGAUGACCCUCUCAGUGUCCUGGAAAUCACCUCUGUGGACGUGGGAGUGGUGGCCAUCAAAGGGCUGAGCAGCAACUUCUAUCUGGCUAUCGGCAGGAAGGGAGACCUGUACGGAGCGAGAGAGUUUGGCGUGGACUGCACCCUGAAGGAGCGGAUCGAGGAGAACGGCUACAACACAUACGCGUCGGCCCAGUGGAGGAACAAGAAGCGGCAGAUGUUUGUGGGUCUGAACGUCCACGGGAGGCCGCUCAAGGGGAGGAAAACACGCAGGAAGAACACGGCCACCCACUUCCUUCCAAUUAUGAUGUGAGCUGAGGAGCUCCA